GCAACCGGAGGAGGGAGGGAGGAGAGGAGAAAGAAAGGGAAGUGGGAAGGGAGGAGAGAGGGGGAGCCAGGGAAAGCUCUCUUCUUCUUCUUCUUCUUCCUCCUCCUCUCGAAUUCCGUCCCUUGUCUCUGUCCUCCUCGCCCCGGUUUCCCCGGUUUUUUGGAAGGGGAAAGUGGAGGAGGAAGGGAUGGGGAGGGAGGAGAGGUUCCCGGUGUGGGAGGCCGCGCUCGGCGCCGGGGUCGCCGCCGCCUUCGCCGCCGGGCUCGUCGGAGUCUACCUUUCCAUGCCGGACUCCGACUACAGCUUCCUCAAGUUGCCGCGCAACCUCGAGGAACUCCAAAUCCUCACUGGCCAUCUUGAGAACUAUACUAGUGACUACACCCUACAGGUGUUGGUAGGUUAUUGCGCUGUCUACAUCUUCAUGCAGACCUUCAUGAUCCCAGGGACAAUAUUCAUGUCACUGCUUGCUGGUGCUCUAUUUGGGCAACUCCGGGGCGUGGCCCUGGUGGUCUUUGCUGCCACUGCUGGUGCUUCUUCGUGCUAUUUCCUCUCGAAGAUGAUUGGGAAGCCACUGGUGUUCUCACUGUGGCCAGAUAAGCUCAGUUUCUUCCAGAAGCAGGUUGCUAAAAGACGAGAGAAGCUAUUGAAUUACAUACUUUUCCUCAGGGUCACCCCAACAUUGCCAAAUACCUUCAUCAACUUAGCUUCACCUAUAGUAGAUGUCCCCUAUCAUACAUUCCUACUGGGAACUCUCAUUGGUCUCAUCCCAGCUGCUUACGUGACUGUGAGGGCUGGAAUUGCUCUUGGAGAGUUAACUUCGCUGAGUGACCUUUAUGAUACCCAGUCAAUAGCGCUGCUAUUCCUGAUUGGUGUUGUUUCAGUCACGCCUGCACUGUUGGGCAAGGAUGAGGCGCAAGAAAAACCAUUGGAAAUGGCAGUAGGCGCUUCAUGAUCACCAAAGCAUCACACAGUGUCCACCUCACCUGUAUAUAUCAGCAUCCAGCAAGUAGUGGCUCCAUUAGUUCGGAUCGACAGGCCCUAGUGGCCAGAUGAUAGAUGGUUCGCAUGGCUGCGCAGCUUGGCGGGACCUCAGCCCGAAGCUUGGCCAUCACCCGCUUACAGAGGUACCUGUGUUGCCACCAUCAGAAUCAUUACAUGGUGGCCAUUCACCACAUCAGAAUGAAUGAACCUGGAAAGCAGAAUGCCCGUUAGACAAGCUGCUCCGAUGUGUAAACGAGCAGUGUUGCUCUGUUCAGAUGGGACAAGCUUUGUAGUUCAAUCUUGUGUAUAUAUUGACCAGAUUCAUUCAAUCCAUAUUCAGUGGUUCAAAGGUGUUGCUCUGUCCA